AUGUGCAGCUUCUUGCUGGCCAACUUUCUUAUAAAUAACCUCACUUAUGCCAACUACUUCCUGCAGUUCCGUGGGCCUGACGCUACGAACCGGUGGAAGGGCUACGGAUAUGACUUUGUACACAACUUGCUCCACAUGACUGGCGAGAGGGUCCUCCAACCUUUCCAGCGCCCAGAAGAUGGCCUGGUGGCUCUCUUUAAUGGAGAGAUCUACAACUGGCAAGACCUACAGGGAGCUGGCGGCUCUUUCCGCUCAGACGGCGAUGCCAUACUCAGCGAGUACGUGCGUUUCGGGCAAAGAUUCCCGCGCCAUUUGGAUGGUGAGUACGCCAUUGCUGUCCUCGACUUUGUUAAGAGGGAAGUGAUCCUAGCACGGGACACCUUUGGAACCAAGCCGCUGUGGUAUGCCAAGCGUUCCGGCAAAUUCGCUGUGUCGUCUUACGCUUCGGCGCUCCUGCGGCUUGGCUUUGAAGACGAGGACAUCCGGCAAAUUGAGCCCAACAGCAUCGCCGUCUUUCAGUUGCCAGAGGGCGACGAGGUGGCCGAAGCGCUGCCACCAGCUGAAGCCGAUGAAGCAUUUCCGCCACAAGCACCUCGUUUAGUGAAGAAGCUGGCUGUGUUUGAGUUCGACUUGCGACAGCACAAGACAGACACAAAAGACUGGAAAGCUGCCUUCCAAAGGGCAGUGCAAAGAAGGGCCGGUAUGAAGCAGAUGGUCGUGGGGAGGGAGACUCCCGCUAUGUGUCUGAGCGAUGGCUACGACAGCGGCGGCAUCGCCCUAUCGCUUGGCAAGCUGGAAAUUCAGACGGCCAUGUAUACCGUACAGGCUCGAGAAGAUGUCACGGUUCUGGUCGAACGAUUCUUCCACCUGAGGAAGCGUGGGAUGAACGCCACUUGGAAGCUCACUCGGCUCUCCACCGAGAGCUUCGAACAAGAGAAGACUUUCCUCAGAGAGGCGGCCGAACGAGUGCAGUACAAGUUGCGCCCUGGCUACGCCAACGUGGAUGACAAGGCGGCCGCCGGGCUGUCCUGGAUCUACCGCCAGGCCAGGACUGCGGGCCAGCGGCUUUUCUUGUCAGGCAGCGGUGCGGACGAGUCCAUCUCGGACUAUGGAAAUGCCGGCAGGGCGCUGGAGUUUCACAGCACGUUGAAGGGGGUGUUCCCCGCCAACUUGUGGGAUGUCUUUCCUUGGCUCAACUUCUUCCGAGGGACGCAGCAGGACUACCUGGCCAAGGAGGAGUGCACAGCCGGCGCACACGGCAUUGAAGCACGCUAUCCUUUCUUGGACCGGAGCCUGGUGCAAGAGUACCUCUGGCUCACUGCGGACCUGAAGAACUCACUUUACAAGCUGCCUCUCCAUCAGCUGCUCGAGGAGGAGCAGUUCCCCUUCACCCCUGGCGUGAAGCGCGGAUUCUCUGCGGACCUCAACCUUGCGGGAGCCGAUGCGGAGGCCCAGGCCCAGGCCAGAAGGAAGGAUGACUCGGCCGAGCUUCGAGAACGAUUCUGGGCCUCCUUGGGCGUGGCCGGCAACGGCACGGUUGUCGUGGCCUCCUGCAGCCGCUGCGGGGAGGUUGAAAUGGAGUCGGAGGAGAUGUCCAUGACGACGCUACCGGCCCACCCGCAACGGCUCAUGGAUGUGGUGUCGCUGGCGAGAGCCAAGGGCAGAUGGCGCUGGCCCAGACUCCUGCGCAAGCGCUUGCGCCGGAAGUCUGAUCGAAGGUGGGCUGAGAUUAUGCAGAUGCUUCCCGCCGGCCAGCGUGCGCGGGAGGCACAGGACCAAGCGCCGGUAACUCCACCGCUGUCAUUGGCAGCCGCCGCUGGGGCUGACCGGAACCACCGCGUGGUGAUCCUUACCUCGUGCAUGGAGGACCACUACUUCCUGACCUACUGCGGCCCUCUUUUCGUGAGUGUUGCAGAAACCUUCGACCUCUUUGGCGCUAACGCCGGCUCGGACCUCGUCAUGGGCCUCGUCUCCGUGGUGGGCGUGACCACCAAACUUCUGGAGGUUGUGACACAGUCGAUGCCCUUUGUGGAGUUCGUCCCUUUUGAAGAGCAUGACCAGUACCUGAGCGACCAUUCGGAUCCCUUCGAAGCAGAGAACUACCGAAAACUGACCUACCAGCCCUUGAAGCUGUACCAGUACCUCUGGCUGUGGCGCCACAAGCUCGUCCACAUCAAGGAGAUAGCCUAUAUCCUCUGCAUGGACUCAGACAUGCUCGUGGUCCGGCCUUUCAUGCACGUCCUGGAGCUGCUGUCGCAGCUCGAGGUCGACGUGUCGUUCUCCUACUAUGACGGUACCCGGCAUGUUCCGUGGGGCACGCCGGAGGAGUUGGCUGUCACGAAGAAGAGGGGCCUGGUGCGACUGCAGGGUGGGCUACUCAUCAUGCGGAACUCCGUCGAGGCGCUCCAAUGGUUUGCCACCUGGGAGUCCCUGACCGAAAGCGUCUACUUCGAGCGGGAAGCGGAGGGCCACCUCGGGGACCGCUGGCGAGACCUCCUACAGGACUUCAAAGGGCCAUCGCAAGCCGCCCUGGCUUUUCUGCUGACGCGGAGCGAGCUUGAAGUGAUGCAGAAUGUGAGUCAAUGCUGUAACACCGUGCGCGUCAUUGAGCUGGCGGCGCUGCGAAAAGGCGAUCCUCCAGUUCCCGUUACCAUGUUUGGCUUGCCAACGCAAUAUGUGAACGAUGCCGAGUCGACCGAGGACGGCGCACUUCCCAAGACGGCGCACUUGAUCCAUCUGAAAGGCAUAUGGUGGCGGAGCGUGCUGCCAGAAGGAAAAAAGAAUGUGACAGCACCGACGAGAACUUACGAGUGGAACCGCGAAGCCUUCGACUUGUGGGAGAGGCACUACGCCACUUUCCUGGAACUGCUCCGACAGCGCGGUAUCCAUCUCGACUUUCCGCGGUGA